GGACAGUGAAUCAUCGCAUGCGUCUUGUUCCCUCCAGCAAGCCAGUCGGGGCGCUACGCGCAGCGCCGCAGUCAAGAUUUUUGUUCGCCGAGCUCCGCGCAGCUUUCAGCAUGUGCACCUGCCCUCCCAUAGCUCCUCUGGCUCAAGGAUUCGACCGCGGCUCGCACCAUCUGGCGGCUCCCCUGCUGCGUGAUGGCCGCUCACGCGCAGCCACAGCCACGUCAGGCGGCAGGGUGCGGCGGCAGGCAUGGUGCAAGUACGCUCGGCGGCCACCCACGCUGCCUUUGCCGUGCCGGCUCCUCCGGCCAGUCACGGCGGGUCCACGGCAGGCCCAGCUCUCCGCGGUGGAGCGCGCGCCUUGGGGCUGGAGCUGCGCAGCCUGGCGCGGCGUGGCCUGUGGGAGGAGGCGCUGGCCUCUCUGCGGCGCUGCCGAGAGAGCGGCGGCUGUCCCGAUGCGAUCUGCUGCAGCACUGUCAUUGGCGCCUGCGCGCGUGCGGAGCAGUGGCAGCGGGCGCUGGCGCUGCUCGCGGGGAUGCAGGAAGGCGGCCCCGAGCCAGACGUGAUCUGCCACAGCGGCGUCCUCAGUGCCUGUGGCAGGGGUGGCCAGUGGUCGCUGGUGCUGUCCUUGCUGCAGGACAUGGCUGACGGUCGGCUGGACGCGGAGGUCGUCGGCCUCUCCACCGCGAUCUCCGCGUGCGGCAAGGCCAGCCAGUGGCAACGCGCUCUGGUGGUCUUCGAGGGGAUGCGGAGCGUGGGCCUGCAGCCGAACGUCCCCGCCUUCAAUGCGGCCAUCAGCGCUUGCGAAGGCGGCGGGCAGUGGACCGUGGCCUUGGCCCUGCUGGCACAGAUGCGGUCGGUCGGCCUCGAGCCAAACGUUGUUGGCUACAGCGCGGCCAUCAGCGCCUGCUCCAGCGGCCAGCGAUGGCAGACCGCGCUAGCUGUAUUCGAUGAGAUGUGCCUGCAGGCGCUGGAGCCCAACGUGAUCACGUACAGCGCCGUCAUCACCGCGUUCGAGCGGGGCCAGCAGUGGGAGCUCGCGCUGAGGGUGCUUGCAGUGAUGGAGGACAACGGCGUGGCUCCGAACGUCGUCAGCUACACUGCGGCCGUCAGCGCCUGCUCGGCGGGCGGGGGCUGGGAGCAGGCCCUUGCCCUGCUGUCCGAGAUGAAGUCGCGCCGUGUGGCGCUCACCGCCUUCGCGCUCGGCGCGGCGACGAGCGUGUGCGGGCAUCACGGCGAGUGGGAGGCUUCGUUGCUGCUGCUAUCGCAGAUGAGGGGCGCCCGAUUGGGCUGCAGCGUAGCCGCCUGCAGCGCUGCCGUCGCUGCGUGCGGCGUCGGCGAGGAGUGGGCACGCGCCCUUUCGGUCCUGGCGGAGAUGCUGGCAACGCCGAACGACGUCUGCUUCGCAGCCGCCAUCACCGCCUGCGCCAACGCUGGGCAGUGGGAGCAGGCGUUGGCAGCCCUAGCCUGGAUGGGGCAGGCGGCCCUCGAGCCGGAGGCGUUCAGCCAGACGGCGGCCAUCAGCGCCUGCGAGAAGGGCGGGCAGUGGCAGAGGGCGCUGCAGCUCUUCUCGCAGAUGGCACGGCGUGGAGUGGUCCCCACCCUCGUCAGCUACAAUGCCGCCCUCGCCGCGUCCGCCUCGGGCGGGCAGGGCGCGCUGGCGGGCGCCCUGCUGGGGCGCAUGCAGAGCGAGAGGCUGGAGCCGAACGCGAUCAGCCACAACGCGGCCUACGCGGCGGCGGUGCGUGGUGGUGCGCACUGGAGAGAGGCCGUUGAGCUGCUGCACGCCAUGCUGGCCGCGUCCGUCGAGCCCACCACUGCCUCCCACAAGCUCGCCGCAGGAGCCUGUGCUCAGGCGGCGGGCGGCGACGGGGCGCUCCUGGCACUCCUCCUGGGCCGCGUGCUCGACAGAGCCGACCCCAGCGUGAGCCGGGAAGUGUACAGCGCGCUGCUCUCGGAGUGCGAGCAGCAGCGGCUGCUCUCUCGCGAGACCGCGCUGUUGCAGGUGCUCGGUGCCCAGGGUGCCGACCACGGCUCCGAGGGCCUGGCUGGGGCGGCCGCGGUGGCGGCGUCGAGCCGGCUGCUGGCGGAGGGUCAGGUCGAGGAGGCCGCCGCGGAGCUGAGGCGCGCGGCAGAGCACGGGCGGUUCAACGCGGCCGCGGGGGAGCUGUGGCACCGCUGCGGUCUGCCACCCGCUUCGAAGCCCCUGCUGCCCGGCGGGGCGCCGGGGCCCGCGCUGCAGGAGUGGGCGGGGGCGGCCCGCGCGGGCAGAGGCCCGUGCUCGAAGGAGCUCUGCAUCCUCCGCUACGUGCUCGAGGCCGCGGUGCCUGGCGACGCCGCCUCCGUCUGCAGCGCGGUGGACGAGUUCGGCGAGCUCGCCUGGGCGGCCCACGGGGUGUGGCUCCCGAACUGUGGUGGCUCCAAGACGCGAGCCCUGUCCGCCGCCGUGAGGGGCGCCGUGCCCAGCCGCCACGGGGUCCUCGAGAUAGGCUCCUACAUCGGCUACUCCGCCACCAGGAUGGCCCUCGCCAGCGGCGAGGCGCGCAUCACGACGCUGGAGGUCGACCCCACCGUUGUCCUGGUGGCUCGCAAUAUCGUCGCUCUGGCGGGAUUCUCACACCGCGUGCAUGUCUGGACGGGGCACAGCACGCAGCUCCUGCCGACUCUCGCCGGGCGCUGUGCGGGAGGCGAAGGCUCCUUCGGGGCGGUCUUCAUGGACCGCUGGGGCUCGCAGUAUCUGGAGGACUUCGCGCUCCUGGAGCGGUGUCGCCUGCUGCACCCCCGGGCCCUGAUCAUCGCCGACAACCUCCUGAUGACGGGCGCCGUUCUCUUCCUUUGGCGCAUGUGGCGCGGCGCGCAGGCCACCCAGCUUGCCGCGGUGCGCGAGUACGCCUCGCAGCUGGACGACUGGAUGUCCAUCACCGUGUGCGGGGCGCCCGCAGCCGAGGCGGAGCCCCCCGCCCACCUGCGGCGCGCCCACCGCAGCGCCGAGCGCCUGCGGCGGCGCGUGCUCGGCCCCGGCGCCCCCGUGGUCGUCGCCGAGCGCGUGCGGGCGGCCGCGGAGUUCCGGCGCGCGCUCGAGGCGGCCGGCAUCGUGGCCAGCUGCGCCUUCCCGCCCCUCGGGGCGCUCACCCGCGAGCCGGGCGCCAGCGCGCGCUCGAGGCGGGCGGCGCGGCGGCCAGCUGCGCCGCUUGCCGCCGGCCGCGCGGAGGGCCGCGGGGGGCGGCCGGCGGCGGCGCGGGUGAUCGAGGUCGAGGCACUGCCCGGCUCGGGGGGCGCCGCCGCCGCGCGCUGCGCGCGCGCUGCACGCGCCCGCAGGAUCCAGAUCUCCGACGUCGUGAUUCCCCCGUGA